GUUUUGUCAGAGUAAAAAAGCCAAAUGCACAGUGACUCAAGUGUGUCGCAAAGGCGAAAGAAGUCGCAAACAAGGCCUACCCCUCGUCCUCUAAAAGGAGCUGCACGUUAUCACCAUCACCAACGAUGUCGUCAUUUACAAAAGCGCACAGGAUGUCUUCAUGAUAUGGUAUGGAAAUAUCAUAUCUUCACCAUAGAUCGUCUUGUUUUAUGUUUGGUGUUGCGUUAUUACGAAUCAAAAGAAGCUCAAGUUUGUAAUCUACUUGUGACAUUUUUGUUGCUCAAGAAUCCUUCAUUUCGAGAAAGAGUUCAGACAUUUGUACAGGAGCCCAUGGAUGCUUUCGUUCAUGAUGAUGGUGGCUCUUGUUCAUCUUGAGAGAGUUAGGAGAAAGUUACAUUGUAAAAGGUCCAUCCAGAGUAUUGAAACAUCCAGAAUGGCAUCAAAAACACCAAGGCUAUCACAAGGUUUGAUUGUUAUCAUUACAUAGGAUUAUGAAAAACCUCGUUCCCAGGUCCUUCCUCGUGUUCCUCCAAUUCUCAUGACGGGAGUUUCUAUUGAGCAAUGGGACGAAAAGUUUUUCUUUGAAGGACUUCGCGAGGCCACGAAAGCUAGUUCUCACAACGUGGCGUAUUUCCCAAUAAAUUUUGGCAACGUUUGCCUUCGUUUUUUAAAGAGGUUAUUGAUAAUACUUCUUACAUCUCAACUUUACAUAACAAAAGCAAAACUUUUGUGCUGUCCAGGCCACUGCAUCUAUACAUAGUUUUUUAUAUUUUUAUACACAUGUGACUGUGCUUUUAACACUUCAAUGUACUCUUUUUAUAAUUGUGUCAUAUUUUAGAAAAAAAAAAUAGAAAAGGAA